CUGAGAAACAAUUCGCGUCGUCAACAGUAGUUUCUGCUGACGAAAAAAAAAGACUGGCCUUUCACACUUUCGAGUCACUCGGCGUGAUCAAUCAGAAGGAACGCGAAUAUGUCACCUCCACCCACUGAAUUGAUAGGUGCUGCUGGACGCCGCUAUCUCUUCAAGCAACUGAUUCAGGAGAGACCGCAUCUCGGCCGCGUCUGGUUGGCAACAUCCGGACAAGACAAAUUUAUCUUAAAAGAUAUCCCAAAGCCCAUUUUCUCGAGCCUCAAUGAGGACAUACGCCCGCGACUUCGUGAAAGCCAGUUUUUACGAUUACCAUAUGACACCAUUUCGGAUCAGCGGAUAUUCGUGUACAAGUACAUGAAUGAUGACAUUCUGACUCUUGUUAGAAAUCAAAUACCCAUUCAAGCCCGGAAGCAGAUUCUUAAAGCCACAUUACGUGGGAUUGCUGAGCUGCACAGCCAUGACAUUGUCCACUUAGAUAUCAAACCUGACAAUAUCAUGGUUAACUAUCGUGGUACUGGUCCAGAGACUAUUGUUGAGCAGGUUCAGCUCAUUGAUCUCGAAAACGCAGCCUAUCUCCCUAAAGGGAGGUGCAUUAAAGGGAUGUUACCUGGCAAUGAUAGCUGGCGUAGUCCAGAGGGUUACUUUAAGGGAGAGCUUAACAAGCCUACUGACAUCUUUUCCUUCGCAGCUGUGUGCAUCUACGCUAUGCUUGGCCAAGUUAUCUUCGGAGCUGAUGACGAUUUGCGGAAACAUGAAUCACAAGGUGCAUUCCCUCAUAUCAUUCGCCUGCAACGUCAAGUCUCCUUUUUUUGAGACCGAGAAGGAUUGA